AUGGGUGGAAGAAGAAAUAAGAAAGGGUGUGAGAAUCGAAAUCAUAAGAAAAAACAUCAUAAAAAGGACCAAAGUAUAAAAAAUCAAAAGAGAUCUAAAUCACUAAAUAAUGAAGAUGAACUUGAUGAUUUUCAUUCUUUAGACAAAGCUUUAUUUAAAUAUAAUCUUUCGAUAUAUCGAAUAAACAGUGAUGGAAAUUGUCUAUUUAGAGCUUUUUCUCAUCAACAUUGUAAUGAUGAGGAAUUACAUGAGCUAUACCGAAUUAAAGCAAUUAAAUAUAUGGAAAAUCAUUCAGAUCAAUUUAUAUCUUAUAUUGAUGAUAAAGAAGAUUUCGAAACUUAUUGUACAAAUAUGUUAAAUAAUGGAACAUGGGGAGGACAUUUAGAAUUACAUUCUUUGAGUAAAGCGUUUAACGUUAAUAUUGUUAUUUACCAGCUAGGACAAAAUCCUCUUAUUAUAGCUAAUUUUCCUCCAUUUUAUAGAUGUAUCCAAUUAUCUUAUCAUAAUAAUGAACAUUUUAAUAGUGUAAUACCAAUAAAUUCUACAAAACCUUCAACUAUUAAUAAUCUCGUAAAACUAGGAAUUCUCAACAAAAAUGCCUUACAAUAUAUUAAUACAUGUAAUAUAGUUGUUAAAUCUAUAGAAUCUAAUCCAGAAUGCAAUUCUGAUGGUGAUUAUAGCUGUAAUUCAUCUCAAUCUCUAAGUAAUAAGUUUAAAUCCCUUGAAAUAGGUUAA